AUGAUGUGCCUCCUGACGGAGAAGUUCGUCUGGCACGGAAUUCUGAAGGACUCCCUCGAGUGGGCCAGGACCUGUGUUCCUUGCCAAACAAGUAAAGUAAGUCAGCACACAGAAUCAGGUGUGGGGGAAUUCCCGCAGCCGAAGCGAAGAUUCGGCCACAUUCACGUAGACGUCGUGGGUCCCCUGCCCCCGUCGGAAGGCACCAGAUACCUCCUGACGAUAAUUGAUCGCUCCACCAGAUGGCCUGAGGCGAUGCCGAUGUCGGAGGCAACCACCAAAGCGUGCGCCGAAGCCCUUCUCGCCAGCUGGAUCAGUCGAUUUGGAGUGCCAGAUGAGAUCACGACGGACCGCGGACCCGUUUUCCUGUCGGAGUUUUGGACCGCCCUGGCCCGCCUGAUGGGGACAUCGUUACACGCCACCAACGCUACAACUCGGUGGCCAACGGCAUGGUUGAGAGGGUCCACCGAUCGCUUCCCUAAUGGCGAGGAUUGGAAGAGCCAACUACCGUGGGUCCUCCUCGGCCUCAGAACCGCCCCUCGGGCGAACGGUGAAGCAUCACCUGCGGAGAAGGCAUAUGGGGAACCAUUGACAGUCCCAGGCGAGUUCUUCCCAACCAAUGCUGACGACGCCGACAUCUCCAUCACCAGACUUUGGGAAUCCGCCGGAAAAUUCACGCCCUGCAUCAAGACCUUCUCUGACAGAACCAAACACUUCCUCCCGAAGGCCCUGUCGUCCUGCAAACACGUCUUCAUCAGGGACGACGCCCGCCGCCUGCCACUAACGAAACCCUACCGAGGCCCCUUCUGCAUCCUCCGACGCACCGACAAGGCGUACUUCAUAUCCAUAAAUGGUCGUGAGGACUGGGUCACGAUCGACCGACUGAAACCAGCUUUCCUUAUGGACGAAGAGUACGCCGACGCGGAUUCCAUAGAGUGCCUCAUUCUUCCUCGGAAAGAAGCCGCUCCAUUGAUCGCCAAACCACCCAGUCGUAGCCGUGGCCGCCCUCGGAAGACGGUCGAACCCCCCGAGGGUCACUUCAGGGGAGGCAUCCCAUCCCCUAAAAUCCCUGAGGACUUCGAGGCCGAGGAUCUACCACAGCAGCUGGUCGCGUACACCUGA